AUGGUUGUGAGCCAUGCAUUAUUAGCAGUUGGUUAUUCUGAUACAUCGCAAGCAUUUAUUGUACGAAAUUCAUGGGGAGAAAACUGGGGAGACCAUGGAUAUUGCUACAUACCUUACGAUUAUAUGACAAAUAGUAAUUAUUGUUUUGAUGCAUGGACUAUAAGAAAACUUGAUAGUAACGAUUUUGGUGCAGAUCAUUGGGAUAAUCGGGAUGAAGUGGAUUAUUGCUCGGCAAAAACUGAGCAGGACGAGGAUGGUGAUGGGCAAGCUGAUAUUGAAGAAUUUGAAGAGAAUGAUGAUGGCCGAGGUAGAAGGGGAGGCGGAGAUCCUACUUCAGAUGGUGAUGGUAAUCGAGAAGGAUAUUCGAAUGAGGAUAAUUAUGAUGACGAAGGAGAAAAUUAUGAUUAA